CUUCCCUCACGCGCACUCACGCACACAAAACGGCUCUUUUACGCCUCUGUUGCGCCUCCACUUCGCUCCUGUGUCACACUUUUCUUUACCGCCACUUGAAAUGUGACUCCCACAACACCGGCUUUUCUGCUGCUCCUUGACAAGCAAAGGGGAUUUUUGUUGUUGUUGCGUGUCGCGCACCUUUCAGGCGUGUUGGGCAGUUCGGGGAGCAGCCUGGGAGACCCUUGGAGACCACCUUCUGCCAUGAUAGUGGAUUUGUUUGCCCUGCUCGGCGUGCUGCUCAUCACUUGUUCAGGGAUGGAAGAAACCGUGAUGGACACUCGAGUGGCCACGGCUGAACUGGGCUGGACGGCGUAUCCUAACUCUGGGUGGGAGGAGGUGAGCGGCUAUGACGAGAACCUCAACACCAUCCGGACCUACCAGGUGUGUAACGUCUUCGAGCCCAGUCAGAACAACUGGCUCCUCACCACCUUCAUCGAUCGGCGCGGAGCGCAGAGGAUCUACGUGGAGAUCCGCUUCACGGUGCGGGACUGCAGCUCCAUCCCCAAAGUGCCGGGCUCCUGCAAGGAGACCUUCAACCUCUACUACUACGAAAGCGACGCCGUCAUCGCCACGAAAGGCACCGCCUUCUGGAUGGAGGCGCCCUACCUCAAGGUGGACACCAUCGCUGCCGACGAGAGCUUCUCGCAAGUGGACUUCGGUGGACGCCUCAUGAAGGUCAACACGGAGGUCCGCAGCUUCGGGCCGCUCUCCAAGAACGGUUUCUACUUGGCCUUCCAGGACUACGGCGCCUGCAUGUCUCUGCUGUCGGUCAGGGUGUUUUACAAGAAGUGUCCCAGCGUGGUGCAGAACUUUGCCAUCUUCCCAGAGACCAUGACCGGUGCAGAGAGCACCUCCCUGGUCAUUUCCAGGGGGAUUUGCAUUUCCAACUCGGAAGAAGUGGACGUUCCCAUAAAGCUGUACUGCAACGGAGAUGGGGAGUGGAUGGUUCCGAUCGGCAGCUGCACGUGCAAGGCAGGCUUCGAACCCGACAAUGGCAACGUGUGUCGAGCAUGCCCGCCUGGUACCUUCAAGUCGACUCAGGGUCCUGGUCUGUGUCUUCAGUGCCCUUCCAACAGCCGCUCCACUUCUGAGGCUGCCACCGUCUGCGUCUGUCGCAACGGAUACUACCGCGGGGAUGCGGACCAGCCGGACGAACCCUGUACCAGUGUUCCUUCCAGCCCAAGGAAUGUCAUUUCCAUCGUGAAUGAGACCUCCGUGAUCCUGGAGUGGCAUUCUCCCAGGGAAACGGGCGGCCGGGACGAUGUUGUUUACAACAUCCUGUGCAAAAAGUGUCAGGCCGACCGCCGUGCCUGCUCCCACUGCGACGACAACGUGGAAUUUGUCCCUCGUCAGCUGGGUCUGACCGAGACCAGGGUGUUCAUCAGCAACCUUUUGGCGCACACGCUCUACAGCUUUGAGAUACAAGCUGUCAACGGCGUGAGCAAUAAAAGCCCCUAUCCGUCCCAGCACGUGUCCAUAGACAUCACCACCAACCAGGCCGCUCCUUCCAUUGUUCCCAUCCUGCACCAGAUCAGCUCCACCAUGAGUAGUUUCACACUAUCAUGGCCGCAACCAGAGCAGCCCAAUGGUAUAAUACUGGACUAUGAGCUUCGUUACUACGAGAAGGACCAUGCAGAGAUCAACUCCACCAUCCUGCGCAGCCAGACUAACACUGCACGCGUGGAGGGCCUGCGCUCGGGCACGGUGUACGUGGUGCAGGUGCGAGCGCGCACUGUGGCUGGUUUUGGCAAAUACAGCAGCAAGAUGUGCUUCCAAACCCUCACAGAUGAUGACUUCAAAUCGGAGCUGAGGGAACAACUUCCUCUCAUUGCGGGCUCAGCGGCGGCGGGAGUGGUCUUCAUCGUCUCUCUUGUCGCCAUCUCUAUCGUGUGCAGCAGGAAAAGAGCCUACACUAAAGAGGCUGUCUACAGUGACAAGCUGCAGCAUUACAGCACAGGCAGAGAACUCUCUUUGCGAGCCGACAUGUCUAACUGCCCCUCCCCACUGGGCUGCCCGACCCACUUCUCAGGCUCCCCGGGGAUGAAGAUCUACAUCGACCCCUUUACGUAUGAGGACCCCAAUGAAGCCGUGCACGAGUUCGCCAAGGAGAUUGAUGUCUCCACGGUUAAAAUCGAGGAGGUCAUCGGCGCAGGAGAAUUUGGGGAGGUAUACAAGGGUCGUCUGAAGCUGCCCAGUAAAAGGGAGAUCUUCGUCGCCAUCAAGACACUGAAGGCGGGCUACGUCGAAAAGCAGAGACGUGACUUCCUGUCCGAAGCGUCCAUCAUGGGCCAGUUUGACCACCCUAACAUCAUCCGCCUGGAGGGAGUGGUUACCAAGAGCCGUCCUGUCAUGAUCGUCACAGAGUUCAUGGAGAACGGUGCCCUCGACUCGUUCCUAAGGCAAAACGAUGGUCAGUUCACCGUCAUCCAGUUGGUGGGAAUGAUGCGCGGGAUCUCCGCCGGCAUGAAAUAUCUCUCCGAGAUGAACUACGUGCACCGAGACCUGGCCGCGCGCAACAUCCUGGUGAACAGCAACCUGGUGUGUAAAGUGUCAGAUUUCGGGCUGUCGCGCUACCUUCAGGAGGACACCUCUGAUCCCAGCUACACCAGCUCUUUGGGUGGAAAGAUCCCCGUGAGGUGGACCGCGCCAGAGGCCAUCGCCUACAGGAAGUUCACCUCCGCCAGUGACGUGUGGAGCUACGGCAUCGUCAUGUGGGAAGUGAUGUCAUUCGGAGAGAGGCCCUACUGGGACAUGUCCAAUCAGGAUGUGAUUAACGCCAUCGAGCAGGACUACCGUCUGCCCCCGCCCAUGGACUGCCCCAGUGCCCUGCACCAGCUCAUGCUGGACUGCUGGCAGAAGGACCGCAACGUCCGCCCCCGCUUCACAGACAUCGUCAGCACCCUGGACAAGAUGAUCCGUAACCCCACCAGCCUCAAAGCUGUCGCCAACAUCCCUGCAGUGCCCUCUCAGCCUCUGUUGGACAGAUCCAUCCCUGACUUCAACACCUUCAGCUCAGUAGAAGACUGGCUGGGUGCCAUCAAGAUGAGCCAGUACAGAGACAACUUCCUCAACUCAGGCUUCACCUCCCUGCAGCUGGUGGCUCAGAUGACCUCAGAGGACUUGCUGCGGAUAGGCGUGACCCUAGCGGGCCAUCAGAAGAAGAUCCUCAGUAACAUCCAGUCCAUGAGGGUGCAGAUGAGCCAGGCCCCUACGACCAUGGCAUGACUGCAGGGGGCGCUGUGCCACGGAGCGGGCAGCAUUCGGAGGUCCAACAACAACAACAAGGGCCCCCGAAUGACCCCCCAUCCGCCGGAACGCGCCAGAGUAGAGACUGUUGUCUUAAUUUGAUUGACAUGAGGAGACCAGGGUCUACACUUUCAAAAAGGAGUUCAGGGUCCAGACUUUGAUGCUAGAACUCCAACAAACAGGGAAUCCCCGGACUAAGUUACGUCGUACCUCGGUUUUAUCCGCACUAGCAGGCGUUUGGAGGUCACUCCAACCCAUGCGUGCAAUGAAGAUGCCUUGACCUGGCCAGGAAGGAAUUGGUAGGAACUAAAGUACGAGUACAGGGAUGUACAGUGGAACUGUUUACGUCAUUUAGUUCCAUUUCUAGCAAAGAUUGAAGACUACCUGUAGAGAAUAUAAAUAUCACUUAUAUCUUUCAUAAUAGACCUUCAUAUUGAAGGUGAUGCUCAUCCAUAUCUAUGUACAGGACUCUGCUUGCAUUUUGGCAAAGACUAGCUAGACACGCGUGAUGCCAAACCUCCUGGAAGGUGAACCCGGACCCAAUUCUGGGAUGGACCUUUAUAUUGUUCGAAACCCAGGGUCAAAGGACUUGGCGGACUUGUACAAAGAAGUGUAGUAGAAGGACAUCAUUGUACGAGUUAUUAUUGGAGAUCAUGUUCUAUGUUUUUUGCUGGUGAGCACUUACUUGUACAGUUUUAUGCUUUUAUUCCUGGUAUUUGUUAGAAGUGCACCCCCGGCCACAGCAGAGAGCACCCCCCCCACCCCCAGACCCCCAUCUUCCUCCUCCUCGUCCUGGGCGGCAGGCUUCAAGUUAAUGGUGAGUGUUUGCCCAUCGCUACUUAAACACUGAAGUAUUCAUCUUGGCACAGAACAUUGAAGCUCAUCAGUGUCGUCAAAGUCAACAUCUGUUUGACAAACAUUCUGACGACUAGACUAGCCCAGUUUGUGUUUGCACGGGCACUAAAAGGCUGUUAGCUUCAUGCAGACAUGCAUCUACAAGUGUCGGAUCCAUCAAAGUGGUUAAGUGCUGCACGUAUGGAUGAACUCAGUCUUAUAGAGGAGCCCAGAUACCAUUUUUACAUUUGACCUUUGAGCCUUGAGUAUUGGCUGAUGCAGUUUGGAGGUAAAUCAGGGCCAAAAGUUUUGUACCCGGAAAAAAUGUAUUUAGAAACUAAAAGUUCAGGUUUUGAUGUUGAAAAAUGUAUCAGUCCUAUUCAAAAUAAAAAGAAAUGAACACCUUUUAAAAAAAAAUUUAAUAUAUUUUUGAU